AGGCGGCCGGAGGGAGCCGGGUCUGACUGUCGCCCCGGCGCUGCCACCACCUAGUGCAGAGGCGGAGGCGGUUCUUCGGGCCAGGGCACGCUUUCGCAGAGGAUGGUGCUGAGCGUAAUAACGCGUCCUUUAUGUGAAGGUUGGCAGGCAUUGUCACAGGCUGUGUUCCUGGGGCCUUGUUGCCUGCGAAACUGGGACUCCGGGGUUGAGAAAAACUUUCUGCAACCUCGCGGUGAAAUAGGACCGAAACACUCCACCCUCGGCCCCUCAGCUGUCAGUCGAUUGCUUAGUGACGAGGUGGUCCGAUUUCCAAAAGUUUUCUGCCCUGAAACGGAGAACUCUCUAAGUGAAACUCCCUGGGAUCACGUUUGCCUAACAGAUAACUGCGAAUUGGCAGCGUUUGGGUUUAUUUCUUAGUUUGUACGUCAUACUGUCUGUUUAUGUACAUAUUUGUGUGUGCAUUUGGUUCGUCGUUAACGUCUAUACACGAUUGAAACCCAUGCCCUACUGUUGUACGCAAAUGGAGCUUUGGUUGUGUUUUCUGCUGUCGUGGCACGGCUCCUGCAACGGCCUUAACAUUGCAGGUGUAUCAAUGUCGUAUGAAUGAUAGAUGAGUGUACAAUAAAGUAUAUACAGUUUCAACCUACAAGUAGAAGUUUGUUUCAUUUCAGGAUUUCAAAGUCAUUGUAGAAGACGGACUACUGUUUUAGAGGUGGCCAUAGGUCUAGAGUACUCUACGACAGGCACUAACUUAAAUACAGGAAUAUGUGUAGCUAACAGGUUUUAUGUCAUGAUACUCCCUGUAGGAUUCGAAAGUGGCAUUGUCUCGAUGUCUGGGAUGUACUGAAAAUCGCCCUGGUUGUUCGUGCAGUUCGGCGAACAUCCAGCAGAUGGCGGUUUCAUCACUGCCAACCCAAACUUUUAAAUAAAUGGAAUCCUUUUAUUCAGAUGUCACUAGUUUUCAUAGAUUAGGCUAACAAGACCUUGAUUUUUGCCUACUGGCUUAUCUUCCUGUAUGAAUAAUAUCCCCACACAAUGAUUCCACAGGUUCCAACUGCAUUUUCAAAUGUACCCUGUUGGAAUGAAGGUUAGCUAGGUCAAUUUUCCUCUUACCAGAAGCGGAGUGCUGUUAACUCCUCUUUAGGAGUCCGUGCUGACGGAUGAAAGCACACUUCAGUUUGUUACAUGAGGAGAGAGUUUAAUUAGGUGGCUCCUCCCUAGCUCCGUUUAUAAAAAUAUAAUUAAUAACUGGACUGUGUGUUCCUUGAGCAAAGUCAUUGUCUCUUAGCCAUUAUCGUAUGCCAGUAUAUAGUAGGCAUUAUAUAUAUAUAUAUUCAUGUUCAGGAGGCGCUUUAUGGUUUGACUCAAAUCACUUAAUGUCCCUAGGUCAAAGUUUCUUCAUCUGAAACGAAGGCUUUCAAUUAUUUUGUUAAGUAAGUUGAAGUUAAUGAUGUACUGCUGUGAAGGAAAUGGCCCCUAGUGAUGGAGACACGUGGAACCCUUGACUUUUUGUUCUGGAAAUCAUUCAAAAGUCUGGCAGCGGUUUUGUUGGAAUGAUAGUGUGGGGAGUUUUUCUGCAGUCGGAGUUCAUCUUUUGAACAGAUAAUUACUGAGUAGCCUCUCUCUUACGUGGAGAAGAUAUCAAUCCCUUUUUAUAAGGAGUUGAAUUCUGGUGGAGUAGGCUAGGCAUUAUAUAAGCUCAGUAAUGGGGCCACAUGAAUAAUGCAGGAUAUCAAUGUGAUCUGAAGGCUUUGAGGUGUGGAUAGAAUUGGACUGAUCCUGGAUAAAGGGGGAGAACUGGCCUAUCUGGGGCACCAGGCAGAUAUGGUAGAGGGAGAAUACACGUGGCGUUUUCUGGUACCAGUGCCUCCAGCUACAGAAGGGGUGAGAAGUUCCUCUUUGGGGCUAGGUUAGGAUGCCUUGAAUGCUUGGAAAUCCUGUUAGUAAAGGAAAAGCUUUGGGGAAUUGUCGGAGCUCUCCCAGGGGAGGGCGGUGAAGGUCUUUAACUGGGCAGUAGGAGUGAGAAGGCAAACCUGAUGUUAGAGGAGAAAAGACCAUGGAUGGUAAUCUUUGCGGUUCCUGAUUUUCACCUGUUGCUGAGCUGUCCGUGCAAAGUCUCACUUACUCCUUUUCACCCGAGUGCAGAAUAUAUUCUCUCUCUCCCUCUGCCUCCCCCUCUCUUAUUCGUAUAGCAUAGCACUCAGCACGGUCCUGUGCUAUGAGAGACUAAUGGCAUUGUUCGAAGCCGAGAUCCUAUUUUGCAAAAUGUGAUAGUCAAAUCAUCCCCUAACAGCCUUAGUUUUCUGGGUGGUUACUGCCUUUGCCAGGCAUGUGCAUGCCUUCUGCAAGCCUGUACGGGACUGAUGUAGCUGCUCAGAGAUGCAUGUCAAAGCAGGCAUGUUGCCUCCUUUUUUCCUCUCUUGGGUUAAUCAAGAUGGUACAUGCCGAAGCCUUUUCUCGUCCCUUGAGUCGGAAUGAAGUUGUCGGCUUAAUUUUCCGUUUGACGAUCUUUGGUGCAGUGACAUACUUCACAAUCAAAUGGAUGGUAGAUGCAAUCGAUCCCACCAGAAAGCAGAAAGUGGAAGCUCAGAAACAGGCAGAAAAAUUAAUGAAACAGAUUGGUGUGAAAAAUGUGAAGCUUUCAGAAUAUGAAAUGAGUAUUGCAGCUCAUCUCGUAGACCCUCUUAACAUGCACGUUACUUGGAGUGAUAUAGCAGGUCUGGAUGAUGUCAUUACGGAUCUGAAAGACACAGUCAUCUUACCCAUCAAAAAGAAGCAUUUGUUUGAAAAUUCCAGGCUUCUGCAGCCUCCAAAGGGAGUUCUUCUGUAUGGGCCUCCAGGCUGUGGUAAGACAUUGAUUGCCAAGGCCACAGCCAAAGAAGCAGGCUGUCGAUUUAUUAACCUUCAGCCUUCAACGCUGACGGAUAAGUGGUACGGAGAGUCUCAGAAACUGGCUGCUGCGGUCUUCUCCCUUGCCAUAAAGCUACAGCCUUCCAUCAUUUUUAUAGAUGAAAUAGACUCCUUUCUGCGAAACCGUUCAAGUUCUGACCAUGAAGCUACCGCCAUGAUGAAAGCUCAGUUUAUGAGUCUGUGGGACGGAUUGGAUACUGACCACAGCUGUCAGGUCAUAGUUAUGGGGGCCACCAACCGUCCUCAGGACCUUGACUCGGCCAUAAUGAGAAGAAUGCCUACAAGGUUUCAUAUCAACCAGCCUGCUCUAAAACAAAGAGAAGCAAUCCUGAGACUCAUCUUGAAAAAUGAAAACGUGGACAGGCACGUGGACCUGCUGGAAGUCGCCCAGGAGACGGACGGUUUCUCAGGCAGUGACCUGAAGGAGAUGUGCAGGGACGCCGCCCUCCUGUGUGUCCGGGAGUAUGUUAACUCUACAUCGGAAGAAAGCCGCGAUGAAGAUGAAAUCCGGCCUGUGCAACAGCAGGACCUGCAUCGAGCGAUUGAGAAGAUGAAGAAAUCCAAGGACGCCGCAUUUCAGAAUGUUUUGACACAUGUUUGUUUAGAUUAAGAGUAAAGAUCAUUUGUACAGUUCAGUGUGAUCUAGUUUGGUGCACUCUUAUCAUCAGUGGAAAUAGAAUGAAAACAGGAAUGUCCUUCACGCCGUGAGAGAGUUAAAUGUUCACGACACUGGUUUUAUACUCUGACUCCUAAGUUAUUGAGAUGUAGUUGUUCUAUAAGCGGUGUUACUACUCGUCAGAAAUCAUGAGGAGGAACAGUCUAAUCCAGCCUGAGUGCGGGCUCGCGUCUGACCUCUGUCUCCGGACGCUGCGGCCUCAGAGCAUCUAAGCUGGUCUUAAAGUAACGAUUUGUCGAGUCAUUCGUGGAAACAGGGAUGUGGGUAAGUGCUGGUUUCUCGAUAUGUGAGUGAGUGAGUGUGUGUGUGCGCGCGCGUGUGUGUAUUAAAUGUAUAUAUUCACACAUUUUAUAUUGAUAUUCUGUAGAUAUGUUUGAAUACGGAAACUUUUUUUUACCCCAACUACUGAAUCAAAAAGUACCAAAUAGUGUACAGCAGAACUAAGAUUUCUGGUUGUGUGUAAAGGUACAGUGAUUCAGCCAUUUCCAGCUGUCACCUGUGUCCGCUUUCGUUUUAAGUUGAGCAUUUCUCUGCAGUGGAAUAGUCGGAGUCCGCCACGUCUCUGCUUCAGAAGGGGCUCCACUAUUACGCUGGUCGGAAAAUCCAAUAAAAAUACUUGAUCAGUGAUCAGCAUUGAGUGGUUGUCAGGCAUUUGGAUGAUCGACACGGAUUUCAAGUCUUUCUGUAAGCACACUGAGCAGAGGCCUGUUUUCAGUUGGUACACGUGAACGUGGUUGGAGGAGCCUUUCCAAAUGGCUUUGAAAAACUACAGUGCCAUGCAGUACACAUCUGUGACUUUUCCUUCAUUUGAUGGAACGUAGUUCUGUUGUAACCAUGGUUUUGUAAUGUUAUUUUAAAGUUACGUUUUUUAAUUAUGGUCAAAUAUAAUUUGGUCAUCAGAAAUGAAAUGAUAGUUUAAAACAAGUAGCUGUUGCUAGCUGUGCUAAAAAUACUCAUUUUGUGACUUUGAUUUUUAAAGUUUUCUUAGCAUAUUAUAAAUUGUGCCCUAGUUAGUACAGAUACACACGUCAGAGUCCCCAUAUUGUAUCUGUAGUCAUUCGAUGCUGUGUGCCCUCCAUAGGAAACAUUUUUUUUUUUGUCCAGAAUUUCACUAACCAGAAUUCUGUUAUAGGCCCUUAAACACACCGCAUGAGGAAAAUGGCACAAUAUGGUCUUGAGGUGCCUUCUGUGAACCAUCUGAAAGAUUAAAUUAUGCUCCAUAUAUUUUUGUUUUUAUUGUAUUUCUUUGAAACUCUUCAGUCUUCAUUCGUGAGUCAUUAGAGUAAUUUAUUUGAUAGUUGGUCUCUCACUUGAACCUGUUGGGGAGUUUAUUUGGUUGUGCGGGCGGGUAGAGAUUGCAGAAAGCACUCUGGACGACAAAAAGCAAGUUUCGAAAACUGUGAAGAUGAUUAAAAAUUGACUGCAAAACACAAGAUAUCAAAAAUAAAAAGUUUCGUCUCCCGUUUUUAA